AUGGCUGUUGCAGUCGGCGUCAGAGCAGCUCUAGUGCCGGGGUUAGCACGGGCUCUGGUUCUGGGACUAAGGGGCAGUCAAGCAGCAAGAUGGAGGGGGUGGGGAACUGCAGCUCCCGGCAGCCUCUGGGCUUCGUGUGAGCGCCCCGCGGGCCGCCGGGAGCUGUGGUUCCGCGGGCGGGCAGCCGGGGCUGCGCGGUCUGAGCGCUUGUUACACCCCGCGCAGGAUUCGGACGGAGAGCGCGAGGACUCCGCGGCUGCGCGCGCCCGGCAGCAGCUAGAGGCCCUGCUCAACAAGACUAUGCGCAUUCGCAUGACAGAUGGACGGACACUAGUCGGCUGCUUCCUCUGCACUGACCGUGACUGCAAUGUCAUCCUGGGUUCGGCGCAGGAGUUCCUCAAGCCGUCCGAUUCCUUCUCUGCCGGGGAGCCCCGUGUGCUGGGCCUGGCCAUGGUACCAGGACACCACAUCGUUUCCAUUGAGGUGCAGAGGGAGAAUCUGACCGGGCCUCCAUAUCUCUGACCACGAUGGCGCAUACCUUUCAGACUUCAUUAAACUUAUGACCGAA